AUGUUAAUUCUUUCAUAUUAAUUUUAACAAAAAAUCUUUAUCAAAUUUUUGCUCAGAUUAAUUUUGUUUUUGUUUUUUUAAAAAAACUUAAUAAUACAGAUUCGCUUUUUAUUUUUGUUGAUAGCUAAUUAGAUAAAAUUAAAGAUGGAAGAUAAAAACCAAGCUGAUAAAGAUGCUGAAGAAGAGUAAUUAAAAGCAGAUAUUAAAAAUUUAAUGUUUAACAAAUAGCAUCACGCUAAAAAUUUCUUUUUGAGUGAUAGCGUAGAUAUAAUAAUUAGAAAGAAUAUUAUAAAGCUGAUUGAGCAAGAAUUAGAAAUGUUGCAACAAGGCAACAUCUAAGAUAUUGUAUAAAAUAUAGAUUAAGAAAAUAAAAAAGAAAUGAUUGAAAAUGAAUUGAAAAAUGCAAUGAAAAAUUAAAAGGGACCUAUGGAAUAAAGGAAAUCAUAAAUUUUAAGAAGCUAAUGGAUUAUGAAUACUGUAAGGAGCAAUAAUAAAACAUAACAAUUAGAUUUAGAACAAGAUGAGCAAGAAUAAGAAUCAAAUUAAGAUAAAAAGAGAUCUAAAGGUUCAAUAGAGUCAAUAGAAUCAGAAGAUGAAGAUUAAAAUAUAAUUUAAGGAAAAUUAAUGAAAAAAAACGACGGUUUGCUAAAGAGAUGGAAAAAAUAUUUUUGCACUUUAAAUGAUGAAAAAUUCUGCAUCUAUGAAGAAAAAAAGGACAAUAAAAAUCAAUUAGAUUAUGAUCUGUAACUAUGCAUUAAUUUCUAGCAUUUAUCCUGUGAAAUUGAAAAAAUUGAGAAGAAGAACUAAAUUGUUAUCACAAUAAAGAACUAGAAAAAAAAAUUUAAACUAAAAGAAUCUCCAGAUAGUGAGAAGAAGUUGGAAGAGUGGUUUUCGAGAAUUAAAUAGGUUAUAGAAGAUAAUAAAUAAAUAAGAUCAAAAUAAAAUAUUAAACCUGAUAAAGCUAGUUAAUACAUAAAGAGUGACAUAAUUAAUGAAGAGGAGUUUCUCUAAAUUGCAAAAACUGGAGACAUCCUACUAUUUAAGACAAAUAACUUUAAUGCGAAGCUCUAAAGAGCAACAACUAUUAGUAAUUAUGAUCACGUUGGUAUUGUUAUUAAGUUAAAAGACAACGUAGUGAGAGUAUUCGAUGCAUAGUUAGAAGAUGGUGUUUCUAUUCAAGAAUGGAAUUAUUUUAUUAAAAUCAAUGAUUUGUUUGAGAAGGUGGUUUUGAGGUAACUAAACUAUGACAAAUUGAAAACAGUCUUACCUGAUUUUUACUAAUUUGUUUUGAGCAGUUUAGGACAAAAAUAUGAUAUUAGUGUCAGUAAACUAAUGAAAAAGAGAUCAUCUGUACUUAAUGAUGCCAGCAGAGAAGACGGUUACUUUUGUUCUGAACUAGCAGCUAAAUCAUUUAAAGUUUUAGGUUUAAUAAACCCUAAUAAAUCUUCGUGCUAGUAUUGGCCAAGAUCAUUUUCAGAAUAAUAUGAAAGCGAACUAAAUUUAUAUGAAGGUGUCAAGCUUGAUAAAGAACGUCCUAUACUCUUAAACAGGCAUAUUUUCCAUGAUGUAUAAUAAGAAAAUGAGAAAAGUGAUUGA